UGUAGUUGGAAAUGAGCUGUCCGUCUUGGAGAAGUCGACUUUUAAAAAGCAUCGGCAGCCCCUGAUAUGACGACUUCGCUGGUUCUGCAUCCACGCUGGGCAGACUCCUUGAUGUACGUUUACGAAAAAAGCCCGAAUGAAAACAACCAGAAUAAAAGCCAAACAAUGGAGGGACUGAGCGGUAAUUGCCCUGCGACCCACUGCAGGGAGCUGAUGUCGCACCCCGCUCUGGGACGACAUUCUGGCACCAUAGCGACCCACCAAGGCUCCGUCUACUCGGAUAUUUCUUCUCCAGACCCCGGUCGGCAGUGUCCAGCUCCGCAGACAUCAUCGAGUGCAUCUUUGAGCUACGGUUAUCCCUUUGGAAACCCAUAUUAUGGCUGUCGAUUAUCUCAUUCGCACAACGUGAACUUGCAGCAGAAACCUUGCUCGUACCACCCCGCAGAGAAAUAUCCCGAGCCUAGCACAGCGCUGCCCUCGGAGGAGCUGUCUACCAGGGCGAAAGAGUUUGCCUUCUACCCGAGUUUCGCCAGCUCAUAUCAGGCUGUUCCUGGAUAUCUAGACGUGUCAGUGGUUCCCAGCAUCAGCGCCCAUCCUGAACCGCGGCACGACGCCUUGAUUCCCAUGGAGGGCUACCAGCACUGGGCUCUCUCCAAUGGUUGGGAUGGGCAGGUGUACUGCUCCAAAGAACAAACACAGUCGACCCAUCUUUGGAAAUCACCUUUCCCAGAUGUUGUGCCAUUGCAGCCUGAGGUCAGCAGUUACCGUCGUGGGCGUAAAAAGCGUGUCCCUUACACCAAGAUCCAGCUGAAGGAGUUGGAGAAAGAGUAUGCAGCCAGCAAGUUCAUCACCAAAGACAAGAGAAGGCGCAUCUCGGCCGCCACCAACCUCUCAGAGCGCCAAGUCACCAUCUGGUUCCAAAACCGGCGAGUCAAGGAGAAGAAGUUUGUCAGUAAAUCCAAGAACAAUCACAUGCACGCCACUUGAUAAUAUCAGCCACCUACUUGAAACUGCAACUCAUACUUUCUGAAACAUCCAACGAUAUAUUUACCAACAAAAAUCGUGGUUGAAGAUCAUUUUGGCUGAGUGUUUUCUAAUUUAAGGUCCAUAAUCUCCAUCGACCACGCGAC